GCAUAAGUGGUUUUCAUCUUUUUUGGCAGCCCAAAACCUGAGUGGAGAUUGAAUAAAACUAAAUUGGACCAUCCAGUUUCUUUCCCAGGAUCAUCUAGACCGUGUACCACUCUAAGAUGGAUUCUUCCAAAUCUGAGGACUGUGAGUACUUUGGCAAAAUCCAUGGAAUUCCAUUGUAUAAAGAGUUUAUAAAAUAUUGGAAUGAUGUGGAGACAUUCCAGGCAAGACCAGAUGACAUUGUCAUUGCCACUUAUCCCAGAUCUGGUACAACCUGGGUUAGUGAAAUUAUAUACAUGAUCUACAAAGAUGGUGAUGUGGAAAAAUGCAAACAAGAUGUCAUUUUUAACCGGAUACCUUUUUUGGAAUGCAGAACAGAAGAGUUGAUGAAUGGAGUAAAACAACUAAAAGAGAUGGCAUCUCCUAGAAUCGUGAAGACUCAUCUGCCAGCUGACAUUCUUCCAGCCUCAUUUUGGGAAAAUAACUGUAAGAUGGUCUACGUUUGCCGGAAUGCCAAAGAUGUGGCUGUUUCUUUUUAUUAUUUCUUUCAAAUGGUAACUUCUCAUCCAGAUCCUGGAUCUUUUGGAGAGUUUGUGGAGAAAUUCAUGGAUGGACAAGUGCCGUAUGGUUCCUGGUAUAAACAUGUAAAAUCUUGGUGGGAGAAGAGGAAUAAUCCACAUGUGCUUUUUAUCUUCUAUGAAGACCUGAAGAAGGAAAUCAGAAAAGAGGUGAUAAAAGUGAUACAAUUUCUGGGAAGGAAGCCAUCAGAGGAGCUUGUGGACAAGAUUAUACAACAUACUUCAUUCCAGGAGAUGAAGAACAACCCAUCUACCAAUUAUACAGUGCUACCAGAUGAAAUCAUGAACCAAAAAAUUUCUCCCUUCAUGAGAAAGGGAAUUACAGGAGACUGGAAGAAUCACUUUACAGUGGCACUGAAUGAGAAAUUUAAUAUACAUUAUGAGCAGCAAAUGAAGGGGUCAACACUGAAGUUAAAAAUUGAAAUCUAAGAAGGGUUUUCUUAAUACAUCUGAGAUUAAAGCCUUCUUCUCAUCAUUCUUCACUUUUUUCAAAUUUUGGAUUGGUAGAGAAGGAAUCAUAUGAAGGAUCAUGAUCAGAUUCACAUGAUUAUUGAAAUGUUCAUAUCAAAACAAGAUUUUUUUCUACGCUAUGAUCUUUUUUGUUUUCUUUCUUUUUCUUCUUUCUUUACAAAUA